AUGACCGACACCUCCCCACACAUUCCGUACAUACGGAAAUGCCUCUCGUUAGCCGAACAAUCUCCUCCUCGACCAACAAACUUCCGCGUCGGCGCCAUUCUCAUAUCUCGCAAAGACAACGACCCCACCUUCGCCGACGACCGGAUCCUCUCAACGGGCUACACAAUGGAGCUAGCAGGCAAUACCCACGCAGAGCAAUGCUGUUUCUCCAACUACGCAGCCGUCCACAAUGUCUCCGACGAAGCAGUUGCCUCGGUAUUACCCGUUGAGUCCGAUCGAAAGCUCGUCAUGUAUGUGACGAUGGAGCCGUGCGGAAAGAGGUUGUCAGGCAACGCGCCCUGUGCUCAGCGCAUCGCGCGGACGACAGAAGGUCACAAAGGGAUUCAUAAGGUUUAUUUUGGAGUGAAGGAACCUGUGACUUUUGUUGGGGAGUCUGAGGGAUGUCGGAUGUUGACAGAGGCGGGGAUUGAGUGGGAGCAUGUGGGUGGACUGGAGAGGGAAAUCUUAAAAGUUGCUUUUGCAGGGCAUGAGAAUGGGGAAGAGGAGGUGAGGACUGCUUUGGGGGAGAAGGAGAGCACUAGUGGUGUGAGUAUUGAGGAACGGCGGAGGCAAGAAGCUCUGCAGCCGAGGAAUCCAAAGAAGAGGGCAAUGGAGGGGGAGACAAGUCUUUAUCUAUAA